UGUAGAUUGGUUCACAUAGAUCACAAAACUGUUCCAUGAAGUUCCCACAAGAGGAUCAAUAUUUAAUAGCACUAAAAGCCUGACUUGAACAGAAGGCUAAAUUGAAGACCUUUUGUUACCAUGCACUUUAUAUCAAUUCUCACCAAAACUGGAAUCCUCCUAUGUGGAUUAUUCUUCAUUUGCAGUUGCGAAGGAAACCCUGUUAAGAGACGGGCUGUCAGCGAGAUGCAACUUAUGCACAAUUACGGAGAAUUUAGACAAUCGAUGCAAAGACAUGAAUGGCUUCAGCUAAAGAUACAGAAUGUGUACCCAGCCUCCGUCAGCACGCCACAGGAAUCCACCGCUAAGGUAGCAGAAACUAAACCACACAAGCCUCAUAAAAAAGAAAACAAGCCGGAGAACAGAACCAAGAACGUAUCCCAUCCCAACCAGCGCACAAGCCACAAAAAGGCACGUGGUCAUGGUAACAGAUCUUAUCAGGACAAAGCUUUAGAAAUUCAUUUGCAUUGAAAGGAAUAUGGAGAUAAAUGUGCUGAUGUAACAGACUGAUAUAUUUUUUCAUAUAUUUUUUUUACUUUUGAUUUUUUUACGCUUUCUUUUACUUUUGUUUGCAAACUUAGGUAACUCUAAAGAUGACUUGAAGUGAAAAAAAGUCACAUAAUAAAGGGACAGUAACAUCAGAGUUAAAGGGACAUAAAACACAAACAUUUUCUUUAAUGAUUCCGAUAGAGGGGCCGAUUUAUCAUCGGUCUAUCCGACAUGAUCCGCUCAGCAGAUCAUGUCCGACAGACAUUGAUGAAUGCCGACAGCAUACGCUGUUGGCAUUUAUCUUUGCACCUGCAUUUCUUGUGAACUGCUUGUGCAAUACCGCCCCCUGCAGAUUCUCGGCCAAUCAGCCGCUAGCAGGGGAUGUCAAUCAGCCCGAUCCUAUAGGAUUGGGCGGAUUGAUGUCCGCAGCCUCAGAGCAGGAAGACCAGUUAUGGAGCAGCAGUAGACCGCUGCGUCAUAACUGGUUUUUUCGCCAAGCCUGAAGGCUCGCUCAGAAACAGGGGCAUUAAGCUCCAUUUAGAGCUUGAUAAUUUGUCCCCAUCUAAUACAAUUUUAAACAACUUUCCAAUUUACUUCUAUUAUAUAAUUUGCUUUAUUCUCUUGGUAUCCUUUGUUAAAGAAGCAGCAAUGCACUACUGGGAGCUAUCUGAACAAAUUGGUUAGCCAAUUGCAAGAUGCAUAUAUGUGCAACUAUCAAUCAGCAACUCCUGAUUCUACCUUUUCAAAAAAGAAUAUACAGAGAAGAAAACAAAUUAGAUAAUAGAAGUAAAUUAGAAAGUUGUUUAAAAUCACUUGCUCUAUCUGAAUCAUGAAGGGAAGAAAAUAGGUUUUAUGUCUCUUUAAACGUUCGUGAUUUAAACAGACCAUGACAUUUGAGAAAAAGAAAAAUCUUUCCACUUCUGUUAUCAAAUUCACUUUGUUCCCUUGGUAUCCUCUGUUAAAGAGUAACCCUAGAUAGGCUUAUGGGAGUUUAGUAAUGUGCACUUGUUUUAGACACUCUGUGGCAGCAGUGUUUGCAGCAAUGUUUGUAGUAAUGUGGUACAUUGUUCCAAUCAGUGCUAAAACUAUGUGUACACUCCUAAGCCACUAUGAGCCUACAUAGGUUCUACUAACAAACAAUACCAAGAGAAAAAAAAAUGUGAUACA